UCCUGAGUUCAGCUUUUCUGCUCAGUGUGACCAGAGCUUGGGUCGGAGAGACAAUGGAGUCCAACGCAAUCCAACUGACAAGGAUGGACUACGCCAUGAAGUCUCUCAGCCUUCUGUACCCCAGGUCGCUGUCCAGGCACGUAGCAGUGAGCACUGCAGUGGUGACCCAGCAGCUGGUGUCUAAGCCCAGCCGGGAGACUCCCAGGGCGAAGCCCUGUCGUGUUAGCACAGCAGAUCGGAAAGUUCGAAAAGGCGUCACGGCUCACAGCCUGGAGGACCUACUGGUCAAGGUCCAGGACAUCUUGAAGCUUAAAGACAAGCCCUUCUCCCUGGUACUGGAGGAAGACGGCACGAUCGUGGAGACAGAAGAAUACUUCCAAGCCCUAGCAAGAGAUACCGUGUUCAUGGUCCUGCAGAAGGGGCAGAAGUGGAAGCCCCCAUCAGAACAGCGCAAGAAGAGAACCCAGAUAGCCGUUUCCCAGAAGCCAGCAAAGAAGAUCGACGUGGCCAGGGUAACCUUCGACCUGUACAAGCUGAACCCUCAGGACUUCAUCGGCUGCCUGAACGUGAAAGCAACCCUCUAUGACACAUACUCGCUUUCCUACGACCUGCACUGCUACAGGGCCAAGCGCAUCGUGAAGGAGAUGCUCCGCUGGACCCUCUUCAGCAUGCAGGCCACAGGCCACAUGCUGCUUGGCACCUCCAGUUACAUGCAGCAGUUCCUGGACGCCACUGAGGAAGAACAGCCUUCCAAGGCCAAGACUUCCCUCCUCCCUGCCUGUCUGAAGAUGCUGCAAUGAAGAGCGGGUCUCCUCGGAGACCUCCUUCAGCCACAGCUGUGCCUGGGGACCCUGCGCUCUGCCAGCAGCACCCACAAGCCUGGCAUCCGGAGAGCUUCUCUCCCGCCUCACCUCUCACAGCACAGCACCAAGGAAAUGGCAGGAAGGGCUGGAGCCCUGGGGUGGGCUGCUCACAGGAGGACUUCCUGACCCCGCCCAGUUCCUUCCUUUCUGUCUCAGAUAGCUUAGAGGACCAACACUUGCCCCUGGCAGGCACAAAGUCUGCCCCUGUGUCCCCAUGUACCAUCCUCCGUGCCACUCCCUCUCUGGUGCUCCCCCGUCCUGGCUGCCCAUGCUCAUCCUGCGGCAGACAUUGCUGUGGUGCCUUGGCCCCAAUCAAGGCAACAAAAACAAACAACGUGCCGCAGCGCCAGCUAUGUCUAUGGUUAUGGUACCUGAGCGGUUAGGACUCUGUAGUAGGAGGAAAGGAGGGGGAGCCCCGGGGGUCCUCUCACCUGGGAUUUUGAUUACUCCCUCCUAGCCCCCAGCUGCACACAAUCCUGAGGCAUGCUACAGGAUGUUAGAGAUGGAGGUUGACUAAAGCCAGGAUGCCAGUGAUGCAGAUUUUGGGGGUCCUUACCUGUGCCAGGGAGGGACUUUUAGGGCAUGCAGAUGAUUCUGCAUCUCCUAGGCCCCUCCUGUAAGUAACUCAAUAAGCUAAUAGGUUCACCAAGCUGGACUUGGAUGGAAUCGUGACUUUGCCUGUCAUUGGUGCCCUUCCUGGGCUGAAUGGACAUAGUUUAUGUUCUCCAGGGAAAGUCACACAACUGCUUCUCUUGUUCUCAUUUUCCACUAAUGAGUGAAUGGUAUUAGAGUCUGCAGUAAAGUAUUUAUGCUGAUACCUCA